GCCAUGUCCGACGAGAACGCAAAGGUUGAGGUUGCGGCAGAGGCGCAGGAGGCGCACGCUGAGCCCAAGGCCGAGGAGACUCCCGACGCUGUGGAGGUGAAGGAGGAGCAAGCAGCGGAAGAGGAGGAAGCUGUGGAAGAAGGAGCCGAGGGUGAGGACGCAGCUGGAGAAGGCGGCGAGGAUGCACCGGCGAGCGCAGACAAGAAGCGGCCGGCCGAGAGCACACCCACGACUCUGGGCUUUAAACUAUUCAACUCCGGGAAAGACGCCGCUGCUUACUUCAAGGUCCUUCAGCACUCGACCAGCCUGGACACCGACAUGAACGAGUACGAGUACCGGAUAUUGCUGGACCUGCUGCAGAAGGGACACCCCAACGCGGAUAGCAAGAUUGGCUGCGGCCUGCGCUCGUUCCAGGUGCGCCGCUUCGAGGGCGCGCGGGACGCGGACGCUCGCGCCUUCUUCGCUGUGCGCAAGGAUGGCAGCGCGGAGGACUUCUCCUACGUCAAGUGCGUUAGCGCCAUCUUCGGGGACUUGGAUUAUGUGCAGCGCCCCAACAAGCAGCCGCACCAGGAGGGAGGCCGCGGCGGCGGCCGUGGUGGCUUCGGCCGCGGGCGCGGUGAUGGUGGCCGCUCGCCUGGCGGCCGUGGGAGAGGCGGGCGGGGAGGCCGCUUUGGCGGGCGGGGAGGCAGGGGGCGCGGCCGUGGCCGGUUCUGAGCAGACAGGGACGUCAAAAUGGAGGGGGCUCUGUGCGUCCGGCAUGCGUAGGGAGGCUCGCCUCAAUUGCAGCCGGAAUUGUGGACCUGGAUGGCAGACAAGCUGAGGGGGUGAAGGUGUGAUGCGGUUCAGGUACUGGUUGUGGAACAUGUAACUGGUGACGCUUGGAGAUGGAGUUGUUGGGUGAUAUCCAUAUGGCGGGUGCGUGGAUGCCAGCAGAGCUUGAGCUAGUAACGGUGUUAACGUCGAUUGGCGUCAAGCGUCAUGCCGCAGAAUGCGCCUCUGCUGUAACAUGUUUUGCUGCUUGCGAGGUAAGGAAGGCCCUGUAAGUUUGUCAGCGU